CCACGCCGACCUUUUUUAUCAAGGUGAAGGUCAGACAUAAGCAACUUCCUGGUCACAAUUCUAAUCGUGACAAUUGUAUUAAACUUGACAAUUCUGUUGUAUGAAAUCAAUAAUUACACAUAUAUCGCACUAGAAGGAUGGGAAUGAAAUGACUGGCGUAGAAAUCCCGCGGGGUGCAUCUUGACGCUAGUACUGAACAUCGGCCGGAGUACGCCAGUGGGUUGUGCAUGAUUCACUUGUGUUCCACGACAGAAUAGUGGGCCUCGGAACCAAAUAUAUAGGUCAUUCAUGUAAGAACACCCGAGCGUCAACACCGGGUUGUACACCACUCCCAAUACUUACAGGAUUUUGUUAUUUCUGUAAGUCAAAUUCAGGAAAUACGGAUGAAAACAAGAUCCGGCUGACAGUCGACGUCUUCAGUAUCUCUAAGGAUGAGAACAGAGGGAUAUACAAUGACCAUUCAGUCAAUGGUUGCCUCUUCGUUUGCUGUCAUGGUCAGAUGACCCACAAAGCCAGUGCAAACGUCUUCGACCAUUGCUAUUAAGCAUGCCAAUGCAGUGGCCAGCGGAUGAGGAGAUUUCUGGAUGUGGAUCCCCUAGUUCGUUAUGUCUUGAUGGGUCUCUAGCAGUCGAUUCACCUGGGUGUAGCCCCAGUGAGAGGUUGGACUCACCCAGGCAGGUUUUCACACCUCCUAUAGAUGACCCUGGCUGUAUGCAAUCCAUGGUAACUGAUACUGAAGGAGGGUCAUAUGACAAGGAUUAUGCACAUGUAACAACACAUGCUUCAUCUGGUCGCCUACGGUUGGACAAAGAAAAGUUGUCCAUUGAUUCCUUCAAUGGUAAUGCUCCGUCAUGGAACAUCAAAGAAUCCAGGGACAGGGGCAAGAACUCGCGUCUUCUCGCUGGAACUUCAAGGACAGUCAAUGCAAGACAUAAAGGUGUAGAAAUAGAAAGAAAAGAUCUAGUGCCUUCUGUACAGCCAAAUACAAGCAAGUGUACAGAUAACACUUUUCAACCAAUGCAGGUGACCAAUGCCAACCACUGUAACUCAGUGUUUGCCAAUUUUACCAGCAAAGGUAACCUCUCCCCCGAUGGUAUGAAACCAGGCGUGUUUUCGGUGCCACGGACGUCCUCUGGUGGCCCGUGCCAAGUAUGUGGUGAAAAAGCCAGUGGAAAUUUCUUUGGUGCGUUAGUCUGUCUCCCGUGCAAGAGUUUCUUCAUACGCUGCACGAAGGACGGCGAGCCUGUAUUCGUGUCACAGUGUGACGGUCGUUGUGACGUAUCCAAGCAAGGACGCAACAGGUGCCAGAACUGCCGCUACAAGAAAUGUCUGGCAGCGGGGAUGUCACGUAAAGAAAAGCCAGAAGCGGUGGAACCAGGCGAGGGCCAGCUGCUCUGCCGGGUGUGUGGGGACAUUGCAAACGGGAUUCAUUUUGGCGUCUACACUUGCGAGGGAUGCAAGAAAUUCUUCCGGCGUGGCCUUCUGGAGUACCAGUCUUAUGUAUGUAAAGGAGCCAUGUUGUGCGUGUUGAACCCUCGUAACAGAAACAACUGUCGGUACUGUCGUUACCAGAAGUGCCUCAACGUCGGCAUGUCGAGAGGCGCUAUUAAGAUGGGUCGUCCAAAAAAGCUUGGAAGAGACCAGGACGAUCUUUCAAAGAUCAUUGCCAACAGACUGCCCAAUGCUUCAGUUAACAGGAACUCCUUCUGUGAGGACAGAGAAGGGACUGGACACAGGUUGUCUCCUUUAUUGGACGACAUGACAAUAGCUCAAACAACUGACCGUGUGGUGCCUACAGAUGGAAGAAGAAGAUCCUUUUCACCUGAUUCUGACUCUUCUUCUGGGAGUGGAGAUGGAAAGACCGCAGAUCACUGUCAAAGACUGUCAAGAGGAUCACUGCCUCUCAAAAAGUGUAUUCUCAGAUCUCUUCUCACAGUGGAGGAAAGCAAGACAGUAAUGGCUGGAGAUAAGAAGGGUAAUGGGACUGUCGUGACUGAUAGUAGCGAUGGGUCAGCCAUCCCGGAACACCAUCUUCUAGUUGCACCUACCGUUCAGGCUCAUGUGAUAACAGAUUCACCCCAGAUGGGGAAGAGCCAUACGACGAACGAAAUGUGUAUUGAAGAUCACGUCUUUCCGAACUUCGAUGCUGGCAAUGUUUCAAUUGUAAAUGCAGCAAAUCAAAAUAUGAGGGAUGUGAUGGGCUUUCGAAAGAUGAGCCAGCAAUUUCAUCAGUCACCACACUCAGUUCCACCCAGCCCUUCUUCUCCACUGACAUUUUCUCCUCUUGUUCAGACCACAGAUUCAGAUGAUCAAGCUUCAGAGCCAAAGAGAAGAAGGAAGGACAGUGACUCAUUCAGUUACACUAGCUCACCUCCAGACGUUCAUAUGGACAGCUCCCCAGAUAUACAACAAUAUAAACCAUCAUCACCUGAUGAUCCAAUUAAUAUGAUAACAGAGGACAUUCCUUUAGAUUUAUCAAAUUCUCCACCUGAAACCAGAAAGUCUGAAUAUAUGGGAGCGGUGGAAGGGUCUCCUAAUACUGGACCCCACUUUCCGGUGGCCUCAUCCGGCAAAAGCAGUCACUGUUGGUCUCCUGCUUCAAGGAGGCAUGCCCUUCAUGUCACUCCCGUUCCUAGCAGCACUGAAGUGAACCACAAUGUAUUGGGUAGAUCUCAUUCCCCAAAUACAGAAGUUUCUACUAGUCGUGGAGAGACAUAUACAGAGAAACCUUCUUCAUAUAACAGUGUUAAACUCUAUGAAAUGCAUGUUCAUACCAGUGAGCCGAGUCUUUCACAAGACGAAGUUAUGCUGAAUGGGCAAGGAAAUUGCUCUCCAAGUGCCAUUAAACAAAGUGCUCGGGUACCUCAGUCACCAACAGACGACACCACUUCUGAUGCUCCCAAGAGAAAAUUCUACACACUAGACGGGAAUGUUAUAAAGGAAUUAAAUACAUUUUUCCUUGGGUCUGUAAACCUUCUGAAGAAUGUUCGGCAACGACUUGAAUCAAGCAAUCAUUCGUCAUACCAGACUAAUCAAAAGUGCACUUCCUUAAACUCCUUCAACCGACCGUUGAACCACGAGGCCAAGAUGAAAGCCUCUAGGGACCAGCUGAAAUGCUGUUACAGAGGCCUAGCCACACAAACCCGUACUCUGUCGACAAGAUCAGCUCCAUCCUCCCACCUAAUCCUUCCCGAGGAGCGACACCUGGCCAGCAAACUGGAGACCGAGUACCGUUUCCCCGUGGACCGUGUUUGUCAUUACUGGAGUAGAGUGAAGCCUUCUCCCAAUGAGAUCCAGAUGUCCAGUGCUCAGCACAAGGUCCUGCAAGACAUGCUAGAGGCGUAUAUGGAGAUUCUCAAUAACCUCAGCGAGAGUCAUAUGGCACCGGAAGAGAGGUUUAUUCAUCUCAGGGAAUGGCCGAUGUACGAGGAUCUUGCAUUUCUGGAAUACUCGGUUCGACGUAUUUUGACAUACGUUAAGGAGGAGCUGGUCUUCAUGAGUAAAGUUCCUGGUUUUAAAGAUCUGAACCCCGAGGACCGCAAUUUCGUGGUGCAGAAUAUGUCUUUUGCCAACAUCUUGAUCAUUGCUACAAAGGAAUGGUACAACGCAAAGACCAAAACAUUUUUUCAAAUGUUUCAUUUGGAACUGCCAGAAUGGCACCCUAUAUACUUCUACAGGAAGCUUGCCUUCCAGCUGGCAGAGGAAGUCCACGAGUUGAAGAUGGACAGGACAGAGGCAGCGAUGGUGUCGGCCCUGAACGUCAUUGCUGGGGACUGCAUUGGUCUGAAGGAGCCCGAGAAAAUUGAAGAAUCACGAGCCUUCCUCAUAUCCGCUCUGAGGGCGCAUAUCAGCUACAAAGGUGUUGAUCCAGUUUCCAGAAUGAAGGAGAUUUUCAGUCUAAUGCCGACCUUCAGACUGUGUAGUUUCUGGAAUAAGAAUAUACGAGAACAAAUUUGUCUGUGCAAAAAUGGAGUCCUUAGUAAAAAUAUAUGGAGUUGAGAAGACGCCCCGUGAUGGGUUUUAAAAAGGCCCAAUGAGGGGCGAAGAAGAGGCCACAAGACUUGUUCCGAAGAAGUCUUAUGAGGAGUGGAGGGGCUCCAGAGGCUCCAGGGGCCCCAAAGGCUCCUCAGCGACUACCCUGGAUUGUUUUCUAAAUUAUUGGAUUCAUGAACUAUCACUUUGUUAUAGAUUAUUUUUUUUCAAAGUUUAUUUAUUGUUUAUUGUUUGUUAUGAAUGAAUCUACCGGUCGUAUAUUUCUGUAUUUAUGGACGGCUGAGCGUCAUGUCCGCUGCACGCCACCCAAACAUUAUUUCAGAUAGGGUACUAUUGAGGUACCUAAUAAAUAUGUCGAUAUUUGCAUAACAAGUUGUCAUCCUAUCCGGUUAUGGUCUAGAAUUGAAAUGGAUAUUAUGCUGAAAGCAGAAUCACGGGUAAAAUCCGAGCUUAUUUCAUGGCACGUUCUAACAUAAUCUGGACAAAUACUAGUAUUACACUUUCUAAAUUCCAGUUCGUCACUUAUGGAACCUGAUCAUUCCUGACUGAAAUUCAAGUGAGCUUCUUUGGUCUGUUUGUCAUUUGUUGACGCUGGUAAAUAGCUUCUUCUUUCAAUAUAAACGCCAGUGCAAAAGAUUACCCAGUCUUCAUGAGAAACUGCAUUCUGUGCAACGGGAAAAACAGCCGCGAAAAUCAGUCGAACGGACCACCGAAAAUGGUUGUAUAAACCACUUGAACAAUGACACUGAAAUUUUAAGAUAUCUGCAGCGAUAUUGAAAAAGAACCCCCUCCCUCUCUUUGUCCAUUGAUAAGCAAUUCGUGAUCGGAAUGUAAUGGAAUUUACAUUCAAAUGUGUAAAUGUGGAACUUAACAAACAUGUUCCGAUUUUUAGAUAUUGUAAUUCAUUAUUUUUAGUUAACCUUUGCACUUGGACCAUACUGAAACGCUGUCAUGUAGCAUUUCAUCUCCCUCUUGUCAGAAAGAACUUGACCAAUGAAACUGAAACCAAACGAGCUUAUUCGCAUCAGUGAUGCUUGUUACAUUCUAUUUUUGAUUGAAUAAUGCUAUUUAAGGUCCUUCCGGUGCCAUAUUUUAUAGAGGGGUUCAACCAUAUGUCAUAUGAUCCAUAAUGACAGUUUUGAUAUUAUCUCUUUCACUAUGACUCUGAAUGCAUAUUUGCCUUAUGAUAUCUUUUCACAGCAGAUUCCUGCCAUGCUUGAGCGAGCUGAAGUUUGCCUCGUUUCUUCUUCAGCCCUCAUGUUUUCAGUUAAUUAAUGAUAGUGUUAGCUUUUAGUGUUUGGGUAGAAAAUAGGUGAAUAUUACUACUGACAGUUGCUAUUGUUCAGAGAUUCUCUUUGUUAUUUAGACUGUUGAGCUACCGACAGUAGUUUUUCUUUAGAGGUUCUAUUUGUUAUAUAAACUGUUGAAUUACUGACAGUAAUUGUUCAGAGAUUCUCUUUGUUAUUUAGACUGUUGAGCUACAGACAGUAGUUUUUGUUUAGAGGUUCUAUUUGUUAUAUAAACUGUUGAAUUAC